AUGAUCGACAAGACGGACAACUACUUGGAGGGAGAGGCGCUGUCAAGCAAGAUUGCGGGCCUCAAGGGCAAGGGUGAGUCAAAGACGGUCGCGAUCAUCGGCGGCGGUCUCUCAGGCCUUGCAUGUGCCAAGUAUCUGGUGGAUGCUGGCCACAAGCCCAUCGUCUUAGAAGCCCGUGACUGCCUGGGUGGCAAAGUCUCUGCGUGGCAGGAUAAGGACGGCGACUGGGUUGAGACAGGCUUGCACAUCUUCUUCGGUGCUUAUCCGAACAUGAUGAAUCUGUUCAAAGAGCUGGACAUCGAAGAUCGGCUGCAGUGGAAACGUCACCAGAUGAUCUUCGCCAUGCAGGAGCUUCCGGGUGAGUUCACGACCUUUGACUUUCUCGAGGGCAUCCCGGCGCCUUUCAACUUUGGUUUGUCUAUCCUCCUGAACCAGAAGAUGCUCACACUUCCCGAGAAGCUGCAGACAGCUCCGGCCCUUCUGCCGAUGCUGGUUGAAGGCCAAAAGUUCAUCGACCUGCAAGAUGAACUCUCUGUCUUCAACUUCAUGGAAAAGUACGGAAUGCCUGACAGGAUCAACACGGAGGUGUUCAUUGCCAUGGCAAAGGCCCUGGACUUUAUCGACCCGGAGAAGCUCUCAAUGACCGUGGUGCUCACGGCCAUGAACCGGUUCCUGAACGAGACGGACGGCCUUCAGAUGGCUUUCCUAGAUGGCAAUCAGACGCUGCGACUCUGCGAGCCCAUGAAGCAGUACAUCGAGGCAAGGGGUGGCCAGGUGCUGCUGAACAAGCCUCUGGCCAGUAUCGAGACCAACGAGGAUGGCUCCGUGAAGCACUUCCUCAUGCGCGACGGUGAGAAGGUGGUCGCAGACGAGUACAUCACCUCCGUCCCCUGCGACAUCAUGAAGCGCAUCCUUCCAAAGGCCUGGUCCACGGACCCAUUCUUCCGGCAGAUCGACGAGCUGGAAGGCAUUCCAGUAAUCAACAUCCAUCUCUGGUUUGAUCGUAAGCUCCUCAACGUGAACCAUCUCUGCUUUAGCAGAAGUCCGCUCCUGUCUGUGUAUGCGGACAUGAGCACGUGCUGCAAGGAGUACGAAGACCAGGACAAGUCGAUGCUAGAGCUGGUCUUUGCUCCCUGCUCGCCAAUCGCAGGUGGCAACACAAACUGGAUGGGCAAGAGCGAUCAGGACAUCGUCGACGCUACCAUGAAGGAAUUGGAGCGCCUUUUCCCCACCGAGAUCGGCCCGCAUCUGCCCGAUGGCGGUGCAAAGCUCAUCAAGCAUGCUGUGGUGAAGGUGCCUCGAAGUGUCUACGCGGCCAUUCCGGGUCGCAACAAGUUCCGCCCGUCCCAGGAGACACCAAUCAAGAACUUCACCCUGGCCGGUGAUUGGACCAGCCAGAAGUUCUUGGGCAGCAUGGAGGGUGCUGUUCUCGGCGGGAAGCUUGCUGCGGAGGUUGUCGCUUGCAGAUCAGCUGGCGAGCCCACGAAGGGCCUGAAGAAGAUUGACGAAUCCAUCUUGGCGAAGAAGGACGAGUUCGUGCCCAAGGAUCCAAUGGGCAUCAAGGGGAAGUGCAACAUGGCGCAGGAAGAGAUGGAAGACCAGAAGCUCAGCCUUCCAAAGGCUGCGACCAAUAACCCAUGCAUCUUUAAGACAGAAAGCUGGCAUGGGCACGUGGGUGCAGGAGACUUGCUUCUGAGCCAGCGCACGAUGGAGGAUCGCGCGUCGUGUGUCGAACGUGGCCUUUUGGCAUCGUGGGCUGCAAGCUUGGUCACGACGGGCGCAAGUGGUACCAGACAACCUGGUGUGCAAGCCAAGGUGCGGGGGGCAGCCUUGGGCCGCCACCUCGUGCUAGUGAUGAGGUGGUCCCCUUCGAUUCAGACUCGGAAUCCUAACCGGCUGACGCUCGACUGCCCCCUCCCUGUACCCGGCCUACCUGGCCCACCGCAAGCCGAGGCCAACGGCGAAGUCAGCGCCGACCUGGCAGAAAAUGGUGGGCCACUCAGGGGCGGCGGGCGCCUGAGGCUCGGAGCUGUCGCCUCGCCUGAGAGCUUUGUCGCUGCAAGGCUGGGGAAGGUACGAGCUGCAGAUGCCUCAGCAAAACUCUGCAACCCGGUGGGGGCGGCACCAUACCGGCAGAGCACUUGGGGCCGAGGCGGCGGCACCAUACCGGAGAGCUGA